CUCACGGCAUCCAGAACUUCCCUCAGCGCUUCCCUCUCCACAUCUCUGUGCUGAACACUGCAGCCUCUCCACUAACAGCUCAUCAUGGUGGACCAGUUUGUAGGCACCUGGAAGUUGUGCGAAAGCAAGGGCUUCGAUGAGUACAUGCAGUGCCUAGGGGUUGGCUUUGCCACAAGAAAAGCUGCUAUCGUGGCAAAGCCAAACGUAGUCGUAUCGAAAAACGGAGAUGAGAUCUCCAUAAAAACAGAGAGCAGCCUGAAGACUACAGAGUUGAAGUUCAAACUUGGAGAGGAGUUUGAAGAGACCACAGCAGAUGACAGGAAGACAAAGACCAUUAUAACCUGCGAUGAUGGAGUACUAACGCAGGUGCAGGAAUGGGACGGCAAAAAGACUACUAUCAAAAGGGAACUGAAGAAUGGACAGCUGGUGGUGACAUGCUCCAUGGGAGACGUGACGUGUGUCCGUGUGUAUGACAAGGUGUAGGCCUAACUUCAGUCUGUCAGACUGAAACUGAAAAACAGCUCAGUUCAAUGAGCCUUGCUCACCCAAACUACUCUGCAUCUCAGUCUACGAUGAUCAACACUAUAGGUGCUAAAUUCUGCAUGGGACCAGUAGUGUACCUAAUCUGAACCUGCUGUGAAUCCCAAAUAAAUUAAUCUUACAACCUG